UUUUUCUGCAGAUCUUCCUCGUAAGCGUUGCUCGUUCGGGACGGCACCAACAUGCCCACACUAGUUCGUCCUGUCGACGGUGUUGUUCGUUACCUGGUCGCCGCCUCUGUCCUGGAGUAUCACAACUGCAUAACAGCAAGCAUCCGUCUCCGUCCUCCGGCUGCCCAAUCGCCAACAGUCUCCUCAUACCACCCGCAAGUAUGGGGAACAGCCGUGCAUCGAGCGCUCUGUGCUUGUUUGGCGAUGCAUGCCUGUCUGUGGACUGUGGUGCUUGAUGCUACCUCAGCAACGCCAAAAUAUGCAUUAUUGGACAAUGGCGAGUUGUCUUUGAAAGGUGUCAUAAAGGUUGUCCAAAGAGAGAAUGAUGUAGGCGAGGAUGAAGCGGUCAGAAGCUGGGUGGAGCUUGAAGUCAAUACUCCAUUCGAUAUGCGCAGGUAUCAAAGACACCUUUGUUCCGGGUAACCGUCAUCUUACCCCACGAAAGUGAAAUGGGUGCCUUACCUUCUUCACCGCCCUCCGUGGAUCUUGUUGUUUCCAUGCACCACGUCAUCGGCGACGGCAAGUCUCUUGUCGAAUUUUGCAAGACUUUGGUCACCAAUCUACACCAUGGCAGUUCUGAGGACGCAACAAUAGCGCUACCUGCGCGUCUCGGAGGUCCCGAACUAAUCCCUUCUUUGCGUAAACUUGCGCCGGCAACUGGCCUCUCGAUUGUAUUCUUGCUGUAUGUGAGCCUACUCGAGCUGGCCAAACGGAUAUCAGUCAUCGGAAGAUGUGUUUUUGGAUUGGGCUAUUGGAGAGGGAAUAAUGUGAAAUAUAACAUUCACGAUGCUGGAAAGUGUCGAGUACUGGAAUUUGAGCUAAAUGAGAUGGACAUGCAGUCGUUGAGCGACAUGUGUAAACGUCGCAAGACAAGCUUACAUGCGACCAUUACAGCAGCAUGCACUCUGGCGUGCGCCCGCGUCUCCUCACCAACGUCAUGUUACGGGAAACCACCCAUCACCAUCCGCACGAACCACACUAUAUGCCUGCGCCCAAGCUGUAAUCCACCCGUUCCAAAUACGAUAAUGGGUAAUUUCGCAAGCGGCUGUCAUACCGACCUCGUUCUCCAAGAUCCCACCGAGCAAGUUCCCGUGAAGCAUUUCUGGGAGAUGGCUAGAACCAGCGUUCGAAAGUUGCGCAUUGGCUGGGCUUGGUGGGCGCUGAGAAUCAUUGCAACAAUGGACCUAGUGCCCGACUACAAUGCGUUUCACACAAGUGAGAAUACGUUACAGGCUUCCGUGACAAUCUCCAACCUGGGCCGCAUCCACUUUGAACGUGCCCACGGCGACAAGAUUCAGCUGGGCAGCUCGUCUGAAUCAGCAGCGACCCAAUGGGAGGUAGAGAGCGCUGGUGGUGCGCAAACGGCGCAUCCGUUUUGGGGUCCUUACACAAUUGUCCUUGCUACAGUGCGGGGAAAGAUGAGAGUCACGGUUGUGUAUAGAGAAAGAGUGCUCGGCGACGACCUAGAAGCCAAGAGAUUUUUAUUUAAGCUGAAGGAGGUUUUGCAUAGUGUCAUAAGACAGUCGACCGAAUGGAUUUAGAUGAUGUAAGAAAAUUCUCCAAAGCUCUUUCCUUUGGGGAAUGUGCCACAAGAUGGACCGCUCAGAUAGCAGCAUUGCCCAUAGUAUCAAACACCUGUAAUCGAUGUUUGCAACUGUCCCUAAUACUGGCAGGCUCGAACCUCUGCUUCCAAAAGCAAACUGUCCCUUUAUUGAGA